CCUCAUGCGCCAUUUUCCCUUCUCAGGAACAAACAACCCGAAGUGACACCAUCGUUGAACAUUGCUCUUUCGGCCGAAAUGGCAGUGUAAACGUGUGCAGCGACCCAGCAGCCAACCAAACAGUGCAUCCAGCCAGUGCACUGAGUCACUCUCAAUUCAGCAAAUAUGUCGUCCUACGUGGAAACCCUCACUACUGCUGCUUUCGACAGCAUAAAAGAGUUCGAGACUUGCCUACUGUCGCGCGCUCCGUUCGUGACCAACAACAGCCACUAUGACCAUGAUGAUGACAAACUCACAGUUUGGCCUGGAAGACAUGGAGGACCUUCUCUGGGGACCUUCCUCUCCCAUGGCUGACCACAUGGACCACCUCUCUUUUCGCCCUGACCAAGAAGAAGAACAACAGAAAGGAGGAGGAGGAAUGUCAGUGGAGGGGGACGCUUCACCUGUUUCCCCCCUCGCCUCCUCAUCACAGUCUUCUUCCUCAUCUCCUCCUCCCUUCUACUCUCCUCCACCCUCGCCACCUGCAGUCCACCUCCAAGGGGACAAAGCUGGGACUGAGUCGGACCUUCUCUCUCUCCCCUGGUUGGGUGUACCCAGUCAGCUGAGACGGUCAAUCUCAGAUGUCGGCAAAGAGGACAUGUUCAGUGACCUGGACUGGAUGGCCGAGAGGAUGGAUCUGAGCGAGUUCGACCUGGACUCUCUCAUAGGCUCUUGCAGCCCAACUGAAGAGUCCCCUGGCUCUCCAGAAGACCUCUUAGCCUCCCUGGAUUGCCCCAUGGAGCUUGAAUCCCUCCCAGUGCCCACUCCUGAGCUUCUCCCUGUUCCUCUAAGUCUACCUCCUCCUCCCACUCUCUGUUCAGAGCCGUCACCCAUAAUUGUGGAGGAAACAGAAUCCUUCAUUGAUGACCAAGAUGUUCCCUCCCCAGCCCUCGUUGUCCCCGAGCCACAAGAGGAGCUGGAAAUCAAAUCUGAGCCUGUGUCCCCAGACCCAUCUCCAUCUCCAUCUCCCUCCCCCUCCUCACCUGCUUACACCCUGGACCUGGGCAGUGAAGUAGACGUCUCAGAGAGUGAGGUGAAGCCUUUGGCAACUCCUGUCAUCCCUCAGGUCCAGAGGAUCGUACUCUCCCUUUCCCCAACUCGCAUCGUCUUCGUGCUCGCUCCUAAACAGGAGGUUCCCAUCGCCACAGUAACCACAACAGCCUCCCCUCCACCAAGAUCUUCCAGAAGCAGACCCUACCCUGAGCCUGCAUAUGAAGCUUGUACACCUUCUACCAGUGCCACCAGUGUCAAAAUAAAGGGUACUGGUGGAGACGGAAGGGCAGUUUUGAAGGCACCAAAGGCCAAGAAACUGAAGAAGAUGGAGCAGAAUAAGACUGCCGCCACUCGUUACCGGCAGAAGAAGAGAGCCGAGCAUGAGUCACUCAGCGGAGAGCACACAUUGCUGGAGAGGAAAAACAUGGAGCUGAAGGAGAAGGCUGAGUCCAUGGCCAGGGAGAUUGAGUACCUGAAGGAGCUGAUGGAGGAGGUCCGCUCGGCCAGGGUCCAAAAAGGUCUCAGCGCUGACCCCUAGUGGUCAGACUGAAAAAAGGACAGAUUUGUGUGUGUGUAAAAGAGAGCAACCAUGAAAUUAAGUCUUUCUUGCAAACAAGUAUCAGUAAAAAUUUGUGUAAUUUCCACACAGCAUGUCUUUAACAUGAUAUAUCUUUUUCAGAUAUCGAGCACAGGUAUUAAAUCUAAAAUACUUUUGUUACUAGAGAACUUCUCUUGAAAGUAUUUUCAACUCCGUAUAAAAGCUUGUGUGCA